AUGACCGAUCAAGGAUUAAAUACAUAUUUAUCUCUCCCAAACUACAUCCUACCGAACAAACGUCGCGGGUGUUCGAGCGGAGCGAUAAGGAAUAAGACAAAAAAGAACAUAAGAGUUGAACCCGCACCGUAUCCGAAGAUUCCGCCGAUAGGCGCCGAGUCCACGCGAAGAAUUCCGGCCACGGAUGAUGGUCUCACUUUGCCAGAAGUGACCCGAGAAAAGUCAUGUCCAAGGUGCAGGGAAUCUCAAAACUGUGUGAAAGUGCUUGGUAAGGGUGUGGUGAAACUUGAAGAACUUGUCAGUAAUUUGGCCAAGAUGAUACAUCGUUGA